AUGAAUCGCUUCCAAUUCAUCGCUCUCUCUUCUCUGUUCUUCACCGUUGCUGUGGCAUUCCCCCAGCAGACGGCUGCGGCUACAACAACUGCUCCUGCAACGACCAUUACCAAGGCUGCAUCACUUAGCUGUGCCCCUGGGCAGACUGCAAUCUACACGACAGAAUGCACACUAGGAACACCCACAUCAUACUGCGCUGUACCAGAGCCCCCAAUUUCGUGCUCCUCGGGGUACUUCCCUUCGGUUUACCACCCAGGCCAUUGCAUCGAGGCGUCAACCUGUUUCCCCGUUGAUGCAGACUGGAUCACUACCGAGUGCUCGCACGGUCAGAUUCCUUGGACAACUACAACUUUGUAUGAGGGCACAUUGGCCGGUGGAGAAUCGACUACUAUCAGUGCUGUUUCCUGUUCCUGUGCUAGAGACCAAUGGUAUAGUGCCACUAUACUCCCUGGUGCGUCUACCGUCGACACUUUCUGCAUGCCUUCAAGCUCUUGUCCUGUCGGUAUGACCACCUCUAUUGAGACUAACACGUACUGUGCCACUGCGCCGGCCAGUGCGUGCUCGGGUGUUCCUCUUGAGACCAACUUCUGCAAGUGCUCGGAUGCGGCGCAGACACCUGUGUAUCCUGACGCUGUUGGAGCCGCUCCUACUGGAUGUGCAGCCUAA